UUGGAAUGUUUGUGUUGGUUGCCAUGACAACACCAGCAGCGCAUCGGAGAUCGGUACGUUGUCUCUGUUUUGUUUUCUUUAUUUGGUACUCAUAUUGUGUAUCUGUGCAGUGGAGUUAUACGUCUUUCUUAUAAGAAAUGUUUCUGUUGAGAUUGUUGUGAGGUAGUCGCUUCCUGUGAGUCGCGGGAGAGACGACACGGUGCGGUAACACGGCGGACUUUUGGAACAUACAUCUUUUCUACUGCUGGGUUUUACAAGGCGUACACGUUUUCACGGUGCUCCAUGAUUGUCAGAGAGAAAUAAAAUAAUUGUGGACAUCAGUACGAAGCGUGGAUUCUUUCGACCCGAGUAGAAACAGUGAAAACGUUGGCCCAAUCCAUUUGGAGGCUUCGGUGUGCAGAGCUCUCGUCAUCCUGCAGCAAGCUACAGUGAGCUACAGGCUUCAGUGGACACGUUGCUUUGCAUUUUGGAGCAACCAAUCAGGAGCUGCAUAUUCAGUGGACACUUCAAGAAGCGGUUUCAAGAAGCGUGAGUCAUCAGGCUAUAUUACGCAGCUGUUAUGCCUCCUGUGUUGAUGGAUAGAACAUGAGCUACAAAUUUGCUAUAAUGGACAAGAAAUUAAUUGUGUUCAAACUUCAGACUGUGUAACAAAAAAAGAAAAAGAAAAAAAAGGACAAUCUGUUCAAGUCCUGGAACUUAUUGUUGUUUUCUUACUUAUUGUUUGCAAGCUUUAAGAAGGCUGAAACUGAAGUUUAUUUACUGUCAUAUGUAAGAAACUAAGCUAAGGUGCCUUGUGUUAAUUUUAAUAAUUCUCCACCUAUUGCAUCCAUUCCAUUCUUGUAAUUACCUUAGAUAUCUUGUCCCUUCAUAAGAUACCCCUUUUAAAGUCUGAAAAUGUCUAAAGAUGACCAUAGUCAUCCUAAUGUUAUGUCAAAAGUCCAAGAUGCAGGGGAUAUGAAAGAGGAAAGAAGUGUAGUGUCUGAGAAAUCUGAGACAAAAACAAGAAAAUCCUCUCGUGAAAGGCGAUUAACACCAAAAAUGCAGGAACUGAAAGAUCAAGAGUUAACUCAAAAGGAGAAGAGGUUCAAAGCAACAUAUGAGAAGUGGAGAAGCAACGUAAGAGACAUUCGCACAAGGUUAAAGCAAGUAUGCUCUGAGAGUGACAUGUAUAAUAUGAUGGAUGAGGCUGAGAAGCAAGAGUCUGAAUUAAAGGAACAGUAUGACAGAAUUCGACUCCAAACCUCACCAAGUCAAGAAAUUCGAAGAAAGAUUGAUGCAUGCUCAGCUGUGACAGCCGACUUGCUGCAGCUGAUGAGAGUACGUCUCACUGAAGAUGAAGAUGAGUUUGACACAGUGGCAGAAAGAUCAAGGUUACGCAUGCUACUUGAUAAUGAAUAUGCUAGGUCCAUAUAUGGAUCCACAGCUUCCAGAGUUACUGCACCCAGCUGUCACAAUUCUAAACAUCUCUCAGAGUCACCUAGCAUUUCGGCUAUGAGGGCGGAAGCGGCUGCUCAGCUGGCUGCAAAGAGAGCUGAAGUUGAUAUGGAAGCUGCCAUCGAAGCUCAACGUCAGCAGUUGAGAAAACUGGAAAACCAGAGGGACAUUGAUGUAAUUCAGGCAAGGCUAAAGGUCUACACUGAAGAAGAGGAAAGGGAUGGGACACGCAGUCCUCCAUUCAGCAAAGUGAGUGAUGCACACCCCUUCGCUCACCACAUCCCAGAUCAAGAACGGCAGGUUGUGCAAAACGAGACAUCAUUGGUCAAAUCGCUACAAGAGUCAUUAGCUCUCACCCGCUUGCCAACUCCAGAACCUUCUGUAUUCUCGGGUGAUCCUCUGAAGUUUACAGAAUGGAGCAUGAGCUUCAAAGCCCUCAUAGAGAGACGAUGCUCUGACCCUGCAGACAGGCUAUUCUACCUGCAAAAGUACAUAGCAGGCGAGGCAAAAUCUUCUCUUGAAGGCAGCUUCUACAGAAAAGAUGAAGAAGCCUAUCAACAGGCAUGGGAUAGGUUAAAUGCUAGAUAUGGCCAUUCCUUUGUAGUACAGCGGGCUUUCAGAGAGAAGUUAAAUGGGUGGCCGAAGAUUGGAGGAAAGGAAUAUCUCAAGCUAAGAGAGUUCAGUGAUUUCCUCCAAACAUGUAGUAAUGCAAUGCCCCACAUAAAGGGCUUACAGGCUCUUAACGACUGCGAGGAGAAUCAGAAAAUAUUAGUCAAGCUUCCUGAUUGGGUGACAUGUAGAUGGAACCGUUACGUUACAGAGCAGCUAGAUCGGGGCAACGACUAUCCAAGCUUUCAUGAGUUUGCUUCCUUUGUCUCUAAGGAGUCACGCAUAGCAUGCAAUCCAGUGUCAUCCUUACAUGCCUUAAGGCACUCUGCAGAGGCACCACCAAGAGAAAUGAAGCGUUCAAAAGCAAACACGUUUGCCACAAAUGUGAAACCUUCAAUUCCAUCAAGCUCCACCACCAAAUCUGACCCUGGUCAAAUCAAGUUGGGAGAUGCAGAGAAACCAAAGAAAUGGAACACACCAACACAAAAUUACAAUAGUGACCAGUGUAUUUGCUGUAGUGAGAACCAUUCCAUACAUAAAUGCAAGAGGCUUAUGGACAUGCCUGUAGAGGAUAAGAAAAAAUGCAUACUUGAAAAUAAGUUGUGUUUUGCAUGUCUAAGAAAGGGUCACAAUUCUAAAGACUGUAGAAACAGGUCCACAUGUAGCAUAUGCAAAAAGAGUCACCCAACGCCAUUGCAUGAAGAUCGUUCUACAGCAGGAGAAUCAUCAAUUCAGGGUGCAGUGGAAGAAAGCACGUCAUCUUUAUCAUGUUGUGUGAGUGGAGGUGAAGGUGGGAGUACGUCGAUGAUAGUCCCAGUGUGGAUCUCAACACUUAGUGCUCCGGACACUGAAACCCUAGUGUAUGCACUAUUGGACACUCAAAGCAGUCACACAUUUGUUGAUCAGGAGGUGUGCGAAAAGCUAAAAGCAGCAAUGGAACCAGUGAAACUUAAACUUUCCACCAUGAUGGGGAGAGACUCAGUCGUGAAGAGUCAAAGAGUAUGCAAGCUCAAAGUUAGAGGAUUUUCCUCUAACGUUUCCAUCAAUUUGCCUCCAGCCUACACAAGGGACUUCAUUCCUCUUGACCGUGCACAUAUUCCCACUUGUCAGACAGCCAACAAAUGGAAACACCUUGUAAGCAUGGCCCAAGAGAUACCCCCGUUGAUGGACUGUGGUGUUGGAUUGUUGAUUGGAUAUGACUGCUCCAGAGCGUUAAUUCCAAGAAGGGUCAUCACUGGGGGCGACUAUGAGCCUUAUGCUAUUGAGACGGACCUUGGUUGGAGCAUUGUGGGAAGCGCACCACAGCGUGUGCAAGCUAAAGAUGUGACUGGUUUUUGCCAUCGAGUGUCUGUCAGAGAGAUGCCACCCAUAACGCCAUUUGCUGUCAUCAAGGCCCUAGAGUCCGAUUUUGCAGACACAAAAUCUGGUGACAGAAGCAUAUCUCAAGAAGAUAUAUGCUUCCUGCAGAUCUUGAAAGAGAGGAUCCAACAAAAUAAGGAGGGUCACCUGGAGAUGCCUCUCCCUUUCAAAGCACGUCCACAUCUCCCAGACAACAAAAGGCUGGCAUUAGUACGGUUGAAGCAUCUAAAGAGGAAGCUGGACAGAGAUCCCAAAUUCAAAAUAGACUACGUGAGAUUUAUGGAAGGUGUCUUCAAGGAUGGAGAUGCAGAGAAAGUGGAAAACCAAGCAGAGCUGGGGAAAGUGUGGUAUAUCCCACAUCAAGGAGCUUACCACCCCAGAAAACCAGGCAAAAUCAGAGUGGUUUUCGACUGCUCUGCAAGGUAUGAAGGCACCUCCUUAAACGACCAUCUGCUAACAGGACCUGACCUCACAAAUAGCCUAACAGCUGUGCUGUGCCGCUUCCGUAAAUAUCCCAUCGCAGUCAUGUGUGAUGUGGAGAAAAUGUUCCACAGGUUUCAUGUGAGCGAGGAUGAUAGAGACUACCUGCGAUUUCUCUGGUGGGAAAAUGGAGACACAAACUCAGAACCCAGAGAGUACCGCAUGAAGGUUCACCUGUUUGGAGCAUCAUCCUCCCCUGGCUGUGCCAAUUAUGGCAUGAAACACCUUGCCAGCCAAUGUGAGAAAGAGUACCCCUCCGCAGCUAGCUUCAUCCAGAAACAUUUCUAUGUCGACGAUGGUCUCAUAAGUGUAAAGUCGGUGGGUGAGGCAAUUGAACUGGUCAAAGAUGCCCAAGCUGUGUGUGCCAAAGGAAAGCUGCACCUUCACAAAUUUCUCUUCAACAGUCGAGAGGUCCUUGACUCAGUGGAGGUUGCAGCGCGUGCUACGGAGGUGAAGAAUGUUGAUCUUAAUCACAAUGACUUGCCAGUUCAAAGAGUACUAGGUAUAAGGUGGAACAUUGAAAAUGAUAGCUUCUCCUUCAAGGUGUCACUUGAGGAGAAACUGGCAACGCGCCGAGGGAUCCUCUCAAUUGUGGCCUACUUGUAUGACCCUUUGGGGUUUCUAGCCCCAGUCAUUCUUGAAGAGAAAAGAGUGCUGCAAGAGAUGUGUCAGAGAGGCACAGGGUGGGAUGAGCCACUACCCAAAGACUUGAAGUUAAGGUGGGAGACUUGGAUGAAGGAUUUGGAGAACCUGGAAAGAAUUGAAAUUCAAAGAUGCUUCAUACCUGACAGCCUUGGUGAGAUUCAGAGCCGAGCUUCAUCAUUUCUCUGAUGCAAGCAGUCAAGG